CGCUCUAUGGCCUGAAACGACCUCCUGCGAGUAUGCAGCUGGAUACGAUUGACUUCCGGCGGUUGGACGCGUCGUCGGGCAAAUCGGGCGCGAAAGCAGCAGGUCUCCCGAACGGGUCCCGCUUGGCCUCUCGCCCUUUCCGCGCACGUUUUCCCGCAAGCGUCUCGCUCAUUGUCGGGCUCCAAGGUGGAAGAUUUCCAGCAGCGCGGCUUGUCUCGCGUUCGCGUGGCGGAACUACAUGUCGUCGCGGAGGAGCCUCGCCUGGUGCUCGUCGGCGGAAUUUCCUUCGGAGGAGGAGGGGGAGGAGCUUGUCAGCCACCGCCGCAGCCGCGGCGCAAAUCAACUUUUGAACUUGGGGGCUUCGAAUGUCGGCGCUUUUCUUCGCCGCGACAUCUCCGAGACGCCCAAGCGCGAACGGGAGCGCGACGUCUCGCUCGCGUGAGCGUGCGCGGAGCGGCUAGCUAGCCGGUUUAGCCUCCUAGCUCAUGUUAGUUUAGCGGUCCCGUCGGCGCACUCGGUCCCGCCGGAAGUCGGCCUCGUCGGCCACCGUCGACGCGGACGCGGACGCUCGCCGUCGCCUCGCCGAUGGGCACCAGGAGCGGAAGCGGAUCGCCGUCGCCUCCGGGCUACGGAGCCGCCGCCGCCGAGCCGGACGCGGGCCGCUUCGACUCCACCGCGGUGCUCGACAGCGGCUCCGAAGACUCCGACUCGGCCGACGACGAGGACCCGGCCCGCGCGUCUCCCGGCGGCGGCGGCAAGCGGGACGUCAAGCGGGAGAGGGACGAGCGGGCGCCGCUCGCCCGGCCGCCCCCCGGCGCGCCGGAGGCCAAGCCCGGCAAGAAGACACGCGGCAGGGUCAAGAUCAAGAUGGCCUUCAUCGACAACAAACUCAGGAGGUACACGACGUUCAGCAAGAGGAAGACGGGCAUCAUGAAGAAGGCGUACGAGCUGUCGACGCUGACGGGCACGCAGGUUCUGCUCCUGGUGGCCAGCGAGACGGGUCACGUGUACACGUUUGCCACGCGCAAGCUUCAGCCCAUGAUCACGUCGGAGACGGGCAAGGCGCUCAUCCAGACGUGCCUCAACUCGCCCGACUCGCCGCCGCCGCGCUCGGACCCCUCGUGCGACCAGAGGAUGAGCGCCGCCGGCUUCCAGGAGACCGACCUCACCUAUCAAGUGAGCGAGGCGGCCGACGCCUGCCCCGCCGCCGCCAAGGACCUCAACAAAGUGGUCGCGAGCGUGUCCGACACGGCACCCGGCACGCCGCCCGCUUCGUCCUCGCCGUCGGGGCAGACGGCCGCCGCCGCCGUCCCCCCCCCCCCCGCCGCAGGCACCUCGGUGGCGGCGGCUCACCUGAUGUACCCCGCGAGCCGCGCCCUCACCCCCUCCCUGGCCGACGCCGGGCUGGCCGUCCUCAACGCUGCGCCACGCGAGUCCGUGCCCGUCCCUCAGGUCUUCCUGGCGUCCCUUCCGCCCGUCGCCGCCCAGAUCCCCGUCUCCGCCGUGCAGCUGCACCCGAUGAUGUUGAGCCAGCAGAACGGCGGAGGCGGGGCUACCCUGACGGAGCUUCAGCUCGUCAGUCUGGACGCGCCGCAGGCCGACUGACUGACGCUCGACAAGUUUUUGUUUGCUGCUCCGUCGCCAAGCAAAAGCAGCCGUCCCGUCUUUCUUAUUUGUGUGCGUGGCUGCCGUUGACACUCGACUGCUCUCCUUCCGGACACUCGCCAUUUUUUUUUUUUUUUUACUUUGUUGAAAUAUUCUUCGCCCCCCUCUGAGCGUUCAACAUGUUUCAACUGAUUAAAAUGUACUUUUUUUUU